AAGACUGUUUAGUCCGCGGUCACAUUGUUUGCUGUGUCAUUUAGUGUUUUUUCUGUGCAAAAAAAAAGUCGGCUUUCCUUUUUUUCUAUAUAAAUUACUUGAAGUUGUGCCGAUAAAUAUGGCUAGUGAACGCUAUAGCUUUUCGCUGACCACCUUCAGUCCUUCGGGAAAGCUGGUCCAGCUGGAGUAUGCAUUGGCGGCGGUAUCCGGCGGCGCCCCCUCCGUGGGCAUCAUGGCUUCCAAUGGUGUCGUCAUUGCCACAGAGAACAAACACAAGUCGCCGCUGUAUGAGGAGCACAGUGUGCACCGCGUGGAAAUGAUUAACAAGCAUAUAGGCAUGGUGUACUCCGGAAUGGGUCCCGACUAUCGCCUGCUUGUGAAGCAGGCCCGUAAAAUCGCUCAGACCUACUUCCUCACAUACAAGGAGCCGAUUCCCGUCUCACAGCUGGUGCAGCGCGUGGCCACCCUCAUGCAGGAGUAUACCCAAUCCGGUGGCGUGCGUCCCUUUGGCGUAUCUUUGCUGAUUUGUGGCUGGGACAAUGACCGUCCAUAUCUCUACCAGUCUGACCCAUCGGGCGCUUACUUUGCCUGGAAAGCCACUGCCAUGGGCAAGAAUGCAGUCAAUGGCAAAACCUUCUUGGAGAAGCGUUACAGCGAGGAUCUUGAACUGGAAGACGCUGUUCACACAGCGAUUUUGACUUUGAAGGAAGGCUUUGAGGGUAAAAUGACUGCGGAUAACAUUGAGAUUGGAAUCUGCGAUCAGAAGGGAUUCCAGCGUCUGGACCCUGCCUCCAUCAAGGACUAUUUGGCCAACAUCCCCUAAGCGUUAGGCAACCCAUAAAAUCGAUAAGGAACCCCAAGCUAAGCUUUUUGUACGAGUACGGGACAUUAAAAAAACAAAUAAAAUUAGAACCGUGGUGUUAUUUGAAAUGA